AUGUGGUGCCUUAUUCAAAAUCUGCCUCUAAUGAUUGGCGACUUAGUUCCAGAAGGCAAUGAACAUUGGGAACUACUCCUAAUUCUACUUGAGUGUAUGGAUUUUAUCUUCAGCCCAGAAGUUACUGUUGAGGAAUCCUUUUUUCUGAAACAACUAAUUAAAGAUCAUCACAGUUACUUUUUGCGCUUGUAUCCAAAUAGUCAUUUGAAGCCAAAACACCAUUUCAUGACCCACUACCCCAGCCAGAUCCAUCAACUAGGUCCACUGAUGCUUGUGGAGCUUGUUGACAGAGAUGUGGAAAUAGGGACUGGAUCUACUACCCUAGUUGUUUCUCUAGAAAGAGCACAGUUCUUGAGCAGAGCAAUUGGCGUUGAUCUUCUGAGUGAAAUUUUUGUUGCUAAGUGGGUAACUGUGAAUGGGAUCAAAUAUUGCAAAAACACUCUAGUAAUCAGUGCAAAAUCAGAGGAUUCUUUCCCCAUCUUUGAACUAAUUGUCUACAUUCUAUGUAUGGGAACAAAGAUAUCAUUUAUAACUGCCCCCUGGCAGACUGUCAAGUUUGAUCGCCAUACUCACACAUAUGCUGUUCAACCAGCUGUCAAUCCAAUUUGGUCUGUCAUCCCAGUUGAAAACUUAUAUGAUCAUCAAGCAUACCAUGCUUCAAAAUCUUAUAAAGAAGGGGAACAUUUAAGUUAUGUUUCCUUACGCUAUAGGAUAAAUUAA